AUGAGAAGCAAGGGAGGAAGCUGGCUUGGCCGUGGUCCAUUUAAAACAACAUGCCCACAACCAUAUCACUGCAACGCAUUCUCUCAAGGUAUGGACAUUGUGAGACGACUGCUUAAAUGAAUGGUGUGCCAUUUUCCUGCAACCAGCAGCGUUAAUGAGGGUUCAGAUUUUGCUCUUGUGUAUUCUCUAGUGUAAUAGGGACGCGGGUGGUGCUGUGGUUUAAACCACAGAGCCUAGGACUUGCCGAUCAGAAGGUCGGGGGUUCGAAUCCCCGUGACAGGGUGAGCUCCUGUUGCUCGGUCCUGCUCCUACCAACCUAGCAGUUCAAAAGCAUGUCAAAGUGCAAGUAGAUAAAUAGGUACUACUCCGGCAGGAAGGUAAACGGCGUUUCCGUGCGCUGCUCUGGUUCGCCAGAAGCGGCUUAGUCAUGCUGGCCACAUGACCCCGAAGCUGUAUGCUGGCUCCCUCGGCCAAUAAAGCGAGAUGAGCACCGCAACCCCAGAGUUGGCCACGACUGGACCUAAUGGUCAGGGGUCCCUUUACCUUUAUUCUCUAGUGUAUGUUGUUGUCAGCAGUUUCUGCACAUUGUUUAAUGAGGCCAAGCAAGUGCAGCACUGAGUGUGCAUCUAAACCAUAAUGUUGUUCUGGACCCUAUAAUUAACCCCUUUCACAGGUGUGGGUGAGAAAUGAGAAGAGAGCCACAGACAAGAACUGUGUUCCAAAACAGAUGGAGCCCAGCUCAAAGUGGGUGGGGCCAAAGGCAUUCACAGCCACAUUGAACGUGUAUGCAGUAACCAGUAAGAUAUAGCAAUACAUAGUGUCUCCACCUUUUAAAAGUUUCAGUCUAUUUAAAUUGUUAAAUAUUGUUAAAUAUUAAAUUAUUAUUAAAGUCUAUUUACAUUAUUGAUUAUAAGGAGGGCCCAUCUACUGAUUGUGUAAUGGCCUCACACUAUCAGCUGCCAUUAGAAAUUUCUGUUCCACAAAUCCUUGAGCAGACUGGUAUUUCACUUAGCUAGAGAGACAAAGCAGCAUGACUUUCUUCAUAGUAGCCAUGCUUAGGAUCACAGUGUUUUUUAUUCUGUCCCUAAGUUUCUGGAACUGAUUAACAUUUUCCUAUACAUUCUCAUGGCUUAAAAGCAACUUGAGGAAGCUGGAAAAGUUAUAAUGCUGUCCCAAGAUUAUCUCAGCUACUUUUUCCAGCUGGGAUAGAGCACUCCUUCUUUUCUCUUUUAGUGCCAAAAAAGGAAAACAUUUGGAUAUCCAGAUCACUGUUAAUUUAAAGGACAUCAGCUCAAGUGAUCAGUGCUAAUCUACUCAUGAUUUAUGGCAGCCAAAAAUAGCUUCUAUCUUUUGCCAUGAGAAACUAUAUCUCUUAAGAAUAGGGUGGUUUUUUUUGUUACUCAAAUUAAAUCCCCGGUAGGGAUGUUCACAAGCUCACAUGCCUUAUGUAAGCUCAGGGACUGAUAAAAUUGGGUACUUUCCUCCUAAGUCCAACUGAAACCAAUGGAAUCUGUAGUGGGUUUAAAUACUUUUUUGCUCCAUUUUGCUCUAUUGGUAGACUUAAAAUAGGAAUAACAAGAAGAAAUGCAAAACACCAAUGCACAAGCAAAGCAGAUGUUCUUCUGAAGUGUGUCUUUAUCAACAGAACAAGAUAAGGAAGCAGGUGAUGAAAGACUGACCCUAUUGUAAAGCAUCAGCUAGUAAUCAUUAUUAUUUACAUUUUAUGGAGCUUUAAAUUUGAUUACAUUAACAGGAACUUACCCCCCUCCAUACGCAAUCCACCCUCCCCAUGCUCUGUUUCUCUCUCCCAGUAGUAACCAAUAAAACCCAACAGCAUACAGAGCUGCAGGCCACACAAAAGCAAUUUUAAAUAAAAACCAAGAAGCUCUAAAUAACUUGUCCAAUGGUUUCCAAUCAGAUAAAAACAGUUUCAUACUUUACCACCAGAUGAAGCAACUCUUCGUCAUGUGAGGCAGGGUUAUUGCUUUCCAUCUCUGUGGGAUCAUGCAUUUGACCAUUUCAGGAGCCAAAGUUUGUGUGGCCCAUUCCAGGUUCCCAUUCUGAUGGUAAACAGCCCAGAACCAGAUGGAGAGCCGUAA